UCACAAAUCUGGCCGUGUAGGGUAUACGCAUUUUGGCGCGUAGCAGAUCUGGAUGGGGCGCAAGAUAACCAUCAUCGCAUCCCAAUUAAAGCUGCGCGUGAAGAAGAUGCACUGGGGAUGGCUCAGCCAUGAGAUGCGGCAACUGUCAUACAUGCAUCACACCAAAACAUGUGGUGAUGAUUGCUGACUGCAUUGCCCUCGGCACCAUGAGAUCUACUCCAACAAGCUAACUUAAUCGGCGACAAAGAUGACGUCCCUUUGCCCAAUGACCAACAACCACGCAAUCGGCGUAGAAAUUUGUACAGUUGGGCUCGUGGACUGUACCCUGACACCGUACUCGCCCCAGCUCUCGCCUCAUUUCAGACAGAAUAUGUGUGGACAUAUAAACUUAGAAUAAAUAUCCAGCACGCUGCCAUCACAAUUCUCUCAUUCAUUGUUUUCACAGUCCACGGAAAGCCAUGAAGGAUCAACAGCUCGCAGUAGGAGGCAUCUGGGAGCAGCAACUGCAAGACCCCUCCUCCCCUUCCUCCUCUUCGUCCUCCUCCUCCUCCUCCUCCACCACCAUCACUUCCUCCUUGACAAUCAGCUUCAAGCGCCUCCGCCCACUUGCACCCAAGCUGACGGCCACCGCCAACGCUGCCACCACCUCCAGUUCUGCUACUCAAACAAACACCUGUCUUGAUCUCAAGGGCUUCCACACCCCCACGGCCAAAUGCACUGCCCAAAACCCAGAUUCCGCUCAAGUGGAGAUGCAACCAGGAGGGACGAGGUGGAAUCCGACACCGGAGCAGAUAAGGGUGCUGGAGGCUCUGUACAGGGGCGGGAUGCGGACACCGAAUGCCCACCAGAUUGAGCGCAUCACGGGCGAGCUCAGCAAGCACGGGCGGAUUGAAGGGAAGAACGUCUUUUACUGGUUCCAGAACCACAAGGCCCGCGAGCGCCAGAAGCAGAAGCGCAGCGCCCUCCUCGCCCUGAGCAGCAGCAACAACGACAGCAGUGCUUCUCCUCCAAUCAUGACUCUAGUCUCUACUAGUUCCAGGGGAGGGGGAGGAGGAGAAGAAGCGGAUCAGGAGUGCUAUGACGGGAGUUGCAAGCGUAAAUGCAGGAGCUGGGGACGCCUCGGGCUGGACGUCGUGGAAGAGGGUGGGGGUGACCGCACCCUGGAGCUCUUCCCUCUGCACCCGGAGGGGAAGCAGACGAGAUAGCUGAUACCUAGCUGAUAUGCUCAUGGAAAGGAGACACAGUCAAUUUCUCUUAUCUAGCUCUUUCCCUCUGUUUUUUUUUUUUUUUGUUCUUUUUCUCUUUCUGUUUUUUUUUUGCCCCUCGUUUCUUCUUGUGCGUCGACAUAUCCCUUCGUUCUUGCUCGUCACAAAUUUAGAUUGUGGUCCGAGGCUCUUUCUUUGGUUCUACUGUGGAUUUCUUCUUUGAGAUGAAUUAGUAAUAUCAGUAGUAGUGUUGUUGUUUGAAACAAGUUGUGCUUGGUGGCUGGAUUCUCUUUUCUUUUGUUUCACUCUUUAAAUUUUGUUAGCGACAGUGGGCGGGGAGGGGGAGAGCAUGCUAGCCCUGGUGCUUUGAUUGGUUGCUCUUUUCCGAGACCUAACACGCGACACAGAGCCACCACCUCCUUUUUCUUCCCUUUUUGUAGUC